GCUGCGCACUAUUUGUUCCAAUAUGGCUGUCAAAUUCAGAAAUACUGUCACUGAAGAACGGUAACGAAGUGAAUACAGAAAAUCCUGGAAAGAUUUAUCUAAAUGGUCUAUUUGAAAACAGGAUACACAUCUCAAAAGACUAGUUCAUUAAUUUUAAGUGUUCUUACUUCUAUCAUUGAUUCCAAAGCAAUGUCCAACUCUGUCGUCGUUUUACUUUUGCUAUUCACUGGAAUGGUUUCCGUUGUUCCUACGAAUAACACUGAUAUGUGUUAUAAAAAUAUAUCUUGCAACAAACUUCUUCCUGGCCAGUACAUAUGUACGAAAAUACCGAAAAUCAACACUGAAACCCAAUCGGCAGAGGGCUGUAAUAGAAUAAGCCGCACUGUCGAAGUCACAUGUACCGUAGCUCCUGGAAUAAACUGUACUGGGAUGUUAAAAGACAGAACAUUUAAAAAAGCACAACCAUGCAGAUAUACAAAUGGAUAUGAUCACACCAUUGCGUUGAUGUUAUCUGUUUUCUUGGGGAUGUUUGGAAUGGACAGGUUUUAUCUUGGAUAUCCAGCAUUAGGUUUGCUCAAACUUUCAACUCUUGGAUUUUUCUUUCUAUUUCAACUUGUGGAUAUUAUUCUUAUUGCAAUGCAGAUUGUUGGUCCAGCAGAUGGAUCUGAGUAUGUCAUUGAUUAUUAUGGACCUAGAUUGUUUCACAUUACACAGGAUAGUGAUACUUAUCACCAACCUUUGUAAUAUAAAAUAAUUUUAACCUAAAUUAUCCAAACAUUAUGCUGCCCCUUCAAGAAGCUGUACGUAUGUAGAGAUGAUAAAUUUGAAAAUUAUUUGCAUGUAUAUUUUGUAUGUAAGAUAGUACAGUAGGUAUGUAGAAAUGAAAUUACAUCCAACAAUGAAAUUUAUCA